AGCCCACCCCACCGGCUGUUUUGCAAAACCACCCCCCCCCAACAUCGCCCUCCCCCCCCCCCCCCAGCAGAUCUUGCAGGGUGGGGGGGGAACCCACCCAGCGCCGACGGAUCCCGGCAGCAUGGAGACCCCCGCGACACGACCCCGCUGGCGGCUGCAACCGGAGGGGGGCCGCCGGCGUCCCCCAGCCCCUCGCCCCCCCUCGCCGCGCCCGGGGGAGGACACCGAAGGGUCCCCGACGUCCCUGGAGCGGGUGGCCGAGAGGCGCCGCUGGCCGCGGGGGGAGUGGGCGCGGCGGCUGGUCCCGGCGCUGCACGGGGGGGGCGCCGGCACCGAGAUGCGGCGGUUGCGCUUUCGGCAAUUCCGGUACCAGGAGGCGUCGGGCCCGCGGACGUUUGCCGGCGGCCUGCGGGAGCUGUCGCAGGGUUGGUUACGGCCGGAGGUGAGGAGCAAAGAGCAGAUCAUGGAGCUGCUGGUGCUGGAGCAAUUCCUCAGCAUCCUCCCCGAGGAGAUCCAGAGCUGGGUCUGGGUGCGACAUCCCGAAUCCUGCGCCCAAGCCGUCGCCUUGGCCGAGAGCUUCCAGCUGGGGCAGGGAGAUCCCGACGGGGUUUGGGAGCAGCAGGUGACGGUGCGUGUGAAGGUGGAGGAGGUGGCCCCAGGGGAUGUGGAGGACCCCGAAGUGGCGGGAGACCCACCAAGCCCCUCGUUGGAGUCACCCCAGCUCCCCUCUGGGGACAGUUGGCAGGAGGAGGUGGCCCGGGGCAAGGUCAGGUUUGUCCCCAAGGAAGAGGAGCAGCACCUGCAGGAAGCAGGUCCCACCGCAGCGAGCAGGGACCCAGAGAUGUCCGUUUUACAACGAGAAGACCCCCCGCACCCACCCAGCUCCCUCCAGGGCGUCCCGACAACCGGGGCUCCUGCCCGCAGAGGGACCCACCGGCAACAGAUCCCACGGGGUCCCACCACCUUCCCACAGCCCUUCACCCACGGCCCAGCUGGGCCGGCGGAGGACACCAGGAGCCCGGAGAAGCCCUGGGUGAAGCGGGAGCUACCGGCGCAGGGGAAGGACCGCCCGUACCCCUGCGGCGAGUGCGGCAAGAGCUUUGGCCGGUUGACCCACCUGAAGACCCACCAGCGCACCCACACGGGGGUGAAGCCCUACGCCUGCGGGGCUUGCGGCAAGAGCUUCGGCCACCUCUCCACCCUCACCACCCACCAACGGCUUCACACGGGCGAGCGUCCCUACGCCUGCGGCUCGUGCGGCAAGACCUUCACCAACCCCUCGGACCUCAACAAGCACCAACGGUCGCACACGGGCGAGCGUCCCUACCCCUGCGCCGCCUGCGGCAAGCGCUUCAGCCAACAGUCCAACCUCACCAUGCACCAGCGGAGCCACACCGAGGAGAGACCCUACCCCUGCGGCGCCUGCGGCAAGAGCUUCAAGUACUUGGCGGACCUGACGGUGCACGAGCGCUCGCACACGGGCGAGAGACCCUUCCCCUGUCCCCACUGCGGGAAGAGCUUCAGCAACAAGUCCUCCCUUGCCCGGCACACGCGCAUCCACGCCCGGGCGGCCGCCAGGGACAAGUGACGGGGUUCGGUGGCGGGGAGGAGGAGGAGGAGGAGGCGGCGAUGGGUGCCCACCAUGGGGGAUGCUUGAGCUUGGGUGGGUGGCGUGGACGUGGCGGGCGGCCGGUGUUGGUUCCCUUGCUGGCCGGCGCCACGCGGCUGCUGCGGAGGGACUGGUUUGCCCAGAGGAGCUGCAGCGUGGACUGGGGGGGCGGGGGGGGGGGGGAUGAUGAGCUGAUGCUCGACGUCCUCCACAAGCCCAGUGGCCCCAGGACUUUGCUCCCUGGUCGCAGGGAUGUGACGCAGGGGUGAAGAUGAGCUGGUGACUGAUGUCCCCCCCCGAGCCUGGUGGCUCCAGGACACUGCGUCCCGGGGCUGUAGCGUGUCAGGGGGUGAAGACAAGCCGACGACGGAUGUCCUCCCUGAGCUUGGUGGCUCCGUGACCUGACUUCCCUGGUCCCAGGGGAGAUGUAACACGGACAAGGACGAAGAUGAGCCCACGACUGACGUCUCCCAGGAGCCUGGUGGCUCCCUGGUCCUUCACCCACCUCCACCUCCCCACCACCCUAACCCCGCCACCACCACACCCCGUCUUCCCAUCCGGCACCUCCAGUCACAAUUCGCCUUUUUUUUCCCCCCUUUUUUUUUUUUUUCUUUUUUUUUUUUUUUUUUUUUUUUUUUUUUCAGUUUUUGCUAUUUAUUCAUCACAGCCAGCGCCGGCCCCUCCUGCCCCGCGCGCCAGGCCUUAAAUUUCAGAGACCGACCUACCUCACCGGCCGCUCGCCUGGAUGCCCGGGGCUGGACACGGGUGCCGGGGUGGCUUGGGGAACCCUGCCCGGCUCUGCUCCCCUCCUCCCGGCUCGUCCCCCCCCCCCCAGUUCCCCCCCCCCCUUUGCUGUAACGACAGUUUUAGCCACUUCUCUGCACCGCUUUGUGGUUUGGUUUGGGUUUUUCUUGCAGCGCACGGGGCGGUGCGGAAGCCUUUACGGGGGGUGGCACCGCAGCGAUGCCGCGUGGUGCUCCGGGCUCGCCGUGCAGCGCUGGGGGGGGGGGGGGGGGGGGUGUUUGCAGCUGCGCUGCGCGCUGCAGCGCGUUUCCAGCUCGCCGCGGCCCUUACCCCGUGCCGGGGAGUCUGUGCUGCAGCGGUGCCUCCAGUGCACCAUUUUGCUUGCACCGUGCACGGGCCUUGCGCAGCCUUUUGCUGUCCGCAGCCCCAUGCAUUGUGCUUGCACUGCAGCGUUGCAUCUGCGCCGCAGCGGCAGGUGUCCAGCUGCAGCGUUGCGUUUGCAUCGCAGCGCCAGGCUUGUGCUGCAGUGUUGGUGGUGUAGCGCUUACACUGCAGCGUUGCAUGUGCGUUGCAGUGUAGCACUUGCGCUGCAGCAGCAGGCUUGCACUGCAGCGUUGCAUUUGCAUGGCAGCGCCAGGCUUGCGUUGCAGCGCUGCAUUUGCAUUGCAGCAGCAGGCUCGCGCUGCAGCGUUGCACCUGCGUUGCAGCAUAGCGCUUGCACCGCAGCGCUGCAUUUGCAUGGCAGCGCCAGGCUUGCGCCGCCGUUUAGCACUUGCACUGCAGUGUGACACUGGCGCUGCAGCGUUGUGAUGCCGAGGACUCGGUCUCUGCAGCCGUCCGAGCUAUUCAGCCGCUGUUCUUUAUGCGACACAUCGGACGCACAGGGGAUCAUUCCCCCCCGUACGCGCCGCACCGUGGUGGGGUUCUGGAUAUUCACACACAAUUCACUUACGUAUUCAUGUAA